CUCCCUCAUCUCUCGCCCACCAUGAGCCAGCACCUCCUCAGCGCCCUGCGCGCACCCCUGCGGCCUUACGCACGCACAUUCGCCAGCGGUGCCUCUUCGUCGCAGGCAGCAGCAGCAGCAGCGGCAGUGCGGCCAGUCGCAUCGCCGCCGCAGUCGCCGCAGCUCUCGCCCGCCGCCUUCCUCGCCGCCAUCGCGCGCCCGCCGUCGCGGCCCGACCUGAGCGGCGACGCCAAGCUUGUCGCGCUCCUCUCGCAGCAGUCUGCCGCUGCUGCGCCGGAUGCGGCAGGCGAGGCGGCACUGAAGCUCGAUGUGCAGCCGAAGCAGCUCAAGGAGGCGGGUGUGACUGUGCAGAUGCGGAGAUAUCUGCUCUGGUCCUUGAACAAGCUGCGCGCCGGCGAGGACCCGGCGUCGUUCCCGCAGGGCAAGAAGCCGAAGCGAGUGCGCGGAUGGGGCCCGCGUGUGCAGAAGGGCAUCCGGGUGCGCGGCGUGCGGAGGGCGGGCGAGAAGUGAAGGGCGUGCAAUUACAGCGGCUCAUAGCUCGAAUCGUGACAUGAGGACGUGGGACGAACAGCGAGGG